GUAAUUUCGUUUUUGUGAUUUCCUUAUGGCUUCCGAUGUGCCCCUAUUUAUAGGGUCCCUCGUUUCCGCCACCAGGGUUUUAGACGUCGUUGGCCGCUAGGGUUUCUUCCUCUCCGAGUCGGGGUGGGUAGCGGACGGUGUUCUCUCGCCGGGCUUUGAGAUGGCCCCUCCUCAGCCGAACACCGGUCUCUUUGUUGGGCUCAACAAGGGGCACAUCGUCACCAGGAGGGAGUUGCCCCCUCGUCCUUCCAGCAGAAAAGGGAAAACUAGCAAGAGGGUGCAUUUUGUUAGGAACUUGAUCAGGGAAGUGGCUGGGUUUGCACCUUAUGAGAAGAGGAUUACGGAGCUGUUGAAAGUUGGAAAGGACAAGCGUGCACUGAAAGUUGCUAAGAGAAAGCUGGGUACACACAAGAGAGCCAAAAAGAAGAGAGAGGAGAUGGCUAAUGUUCUCCGGAAGAUGAGGUCUGCUGGAGUGAGUGAAAAGAAGAAAUGAUGAUCCCCCCUGCUGGAAUCAAGCCUGGUUUGUGUCUGUUCUCUUUUAGUUUUUUCUUUUAUGUGAUCAGAUAAACCUUCUGCCAAAUCUUCUUUACGCAUUAUGAUGCAUUGGAAGCCGCAUGCCUUGUCGUCUUAAUCAAAUGUUUAACUUACUUUUAUCUCGUGUUACUCUAGUAAUUAUUAGUGGCAUGCUAUUUUUAAAAUGCUA